CGGGCGCUACCUCAAGUAGGCCUGGGGGUGCCCGCAGCGGUCAUCUUGGACCCUGGUCGAUAUUGACGAGUGAACGACUGUUAGCACAGCAGCGGACGAGACGGUCGAAGCUGAGCAGCCAUGCCAGGCGCCCUCUGAGUGAGCGUGGGCCGAGUCAGACAGCUCAUGACACGGCCAGCGCGGUCGAGCACAUCACACCGCCACAUGGUAGCUCUCUGUCUCCACCCGUUGGUCUUUGUUAAGAAUACGCAACAAUCUUCCGAACGCCUUAGCAGGUUGCGCCAGUCGAGUGCCUGCCGUUCCAGCUGUCUUUUCACCGGCCGUCGCACGACUACGUAUCAGCGCGAUACGAGUGUGGCCAGCACCAUCGAUCCCGACGCCCAGAGCGAUAGCAACCUUGGCAAAUUGUCCUUUCAUACGUUGACAAGAUCACGAACAGAAGCCCCGGCUUCGAAGGCCAAAUAUCUCAUGAAUUCUAGCACGUCUGGCUCAGUAGGCUCUCUUGGUACACGCACGUAUGUUUGCCGAUUCCCUCUGGCGAACGGGCCGAUGUUGGCGCGGGCAGUGGGCUCCACUUCCCGUCCGGUUGCGCAUGAGAAAGUGCCCGCUACGCGACCGCAUCCGCCUGUCGUGCCCCCUGGUACAGUUCCAAGACCUAUAGUGAGCACUGUCGGCAAAUGAGCUUGGCAUGAUGGGUGGAGCACCGCUCAGGCGUGGAGGCAAUGGCGUACUCAUCAUGCAGGGAUUGAGAAGAUCCGGUCCGUCGUGAGGCCGGAUCUGGAAAGGUGGAUGUA